AUGGAUCCUUCAACCUAUACCGAUCCCCAGUUGACCCUACAGGAUCGACUAGUGAUCGAUGCCCUGAUCAAUGAGCCUGCCUCAAUAAGUGAAGCAACAUCAUCGCAUCAGCAAUUAUCACAGAAGCUCUAUGAUAUGAACGAUGUUUCUCAUCCAACGUUUGAUCCAACCAUCUUCCAAUUCUGGGAUAAUUCAUUAUUACGCGACAAGCUUCCAGCUCCCAUCCAGCGCUAUGUCCUGCAGCCAUAUCUCAAAUGGGCCCAGGGUGUCGUGCGCUUCCCGACUGACGUCGUGAUGCUUACACAUCUGAUCCUGUACUUCACAACUUUAGUCCCCAGCGCUAUCUAUCUGUAUUGUCAUUUUUCCUGGUGGCAUGGUGUUCUCCACUGGGCCAUGCAGUUAUUCUACUGCGGUGCCUUCACUUUAAUGAAACACCAACAUAUCCAUAUGGGCGGUGUUCUCGCACCUCAAUACUGGAUCUUCGACAAUCUCUUCCCUUACCUGCUUGAUCCGAUGCUCGGGCAUACGUGGAACUCCUACUUCUACCACCACAUCAAGCAUCACCAUGUCGAAGGCAACGGGGCCCAAGACCUGAGUACCACAAUGUUCUAUGAUAGGGACAGCGUCGCUGACUUUGCAUGCUACGUUGGCCGGUUCUUCUUCCUCAUCUGGGCCGAGCUUCCGCGCUACUUCUGGUCCAAGGGACAGAAGAAGUAUGCGUGCAAAGUGGCUUUCUGGGAACUGAGCAACUACCUCGCCAUCUACCUGCUCUAUAACUACGUCAACGCCCGCGCGACUAUGUUCGUGCUCAUCCUCCCGCUGACGGUUAUGCGUAUCGGCCUGAUGGUCGGAAACUGGGGCCAACAUGCCUUUGUGGACCCUAGUGAUCCAGACUCGGAUUACCUCUCAAGUGUCACGCUGAUUGAUGUGCCGAGUAAUCGUUUUUCCUUCAACGAUGGCUAUCACACUUCGCAUCACCUGAACCCUCGUCGUCACUGGAGAGAUCAUCCCGCCGCGUUUAUCAAGCAGAAGGAUCGUUAUGCUGAAGAACGGGCUUUGGUGUUCCGGAACGUGGAUUAUAUCUUCAUUACGGUCAAUCUGCUGCGCAAGAACUAUCUUCACCUGGCGAAAUGCCUUAUUCCGAUCGGAGAUCAAGUCAAUAUGACCCUUGAGGAACGAGCAGAAAUGCUGCGGACUCGGACCCGCCGGUUCCGUCCUGACUCCAAGAAGAAUUGUUGA